AUGAGAGCUGAAAAUAAGAAUAUUGGAGUUUUGGAAUGUAUUCCACUCUUCAGUACUCUCCCACCAGAACAACAACAACGUAUUUUCAAGGAUGCUCCUGUUGGAGGAAGAAAAUGUGUCGUUUCUACUAACAUUGCUGAAACAUCUGUCACCAUUGAUGGUGUAGUUUAUGUUGUUGAUCCAGGUUUCUUCAAACAAAAGAUUUACAAUCCAAGAACAAGAGUUGAAUCUUUGCUUGUUACUCCAAUUUCCAGAGCUAGUGCUAAACAAAGAUCUGGUAGAGCUGGUAGAACAAGACCUGGUAAAUGUUUCAGAUUAUAUACCGAGGACUCAUUCAAAGGAUUGGAUGAACAAACACACCCAGAAAUUUUGAGAAGUAAUUUGGGAAGUGUUGUUUUACAAUUGAAGAAAUUGGGUGUUGACGAUUUGGUUCACUUUGACUUUAUGGAUCCACCAGCACCAGAAACAUUGAUGAGAGCUUUGGAAAUGUUGCACUAUUUGGGAGCUUUAAGUGAUGAAGGUGAUUUGACAGAUUUAGGUGAUAAGAUGAGUGCUUUCCCUCUUGAUCCUCAAUUGUCUAAACUUUUGCUUGUCUCACCAGAUUUUGGUUGUUCAAAUGAAAUUUGUACAAUUGUUGCUAUGCUUUCCUCACCAACUCCAUUCGUUAGACCAAAAGGUCAACAAAGAGAAGCUGAUAGUGCUAAGGCUCAAUUCCAACAUCAAGAUGGUGACCAUCUUACUCUUUUGAAUGCUUUCCAUGCUUUUGGCCAAAAUGGUUAUGAUAAGAAGUGGUGUUUCGAUAAUUACCUUAACUAUAGAUCUCUUAGAUCAGCUGAGAGUGUUAGAAAACAAUUGGACCAAUUGAUGGCCAAGUCUGGCAUUAACCGAGUAAGCGAAGAUCACAACUCUGUCGAAUAUUAUAGAAACAUUAGAAAGGCACUCUGUACUGGAUUUUUCAUGAAUGUUGCUUUCAAGGAUAGAUCCAACCAUUAUUGUACUGUCAAAGACAAUCAAGUUGUUGCUCUUCACCCUUCAACAACUUUGAACCACACACCUGAAUGGGUUAUUUAUGAUGAAUUCGUUUUAACAAAUAAGCAAUAUGUCAGAACUGUUACAGAAAUUGAAGGUGAAUGGCUUCUUGAUUAUGCUCCUCACUAUUUUGAAAUUGACCAUUUCCCACCUGGAUCUGAUUGUCGUGUCAAGAUUGAAAGAAUUCACUUACAACGAGAAAGAAGAAAUCAAAAGAAACAUAAAUAAUCUAGGUUUUUAUUAAAUGUACAGUCCAAUUUUAUUU